CAACUCUCUACAGGAGAUGGAGGCUGUGUCUGAUCCGGUCCCGAUCAUCCAGGGCAUCCUCCAGACCUGCCACGACCUGCGCCUGCUCCGAGACGAGGUCUACUGUCAGCUCAUCAAGCAGACCAAUCACGUGCCUCAGCCCAACAGCUCGGCCAAUCGUUCCCACUGGCACCUCCUCACCUGUAUGAGCUGUACCUUCCUGCCCAGCCGGGGCAUCCUGCGUUACCUCAAGUUCCACCUCAAAAGGGUGAAGGAGCAGUUUCCUGGAACAGAGGUGGACAUGUUUGCUCAUUUCAUAGGUGAGUCUCUGAAGAGGACCAAGGUCAGGGACUUUGUACCGUCUCAGGAGGAGAUCGUAGCCUUACUGACCAGGCAGGAAAUGACGACUACGGUCUACUGCCACGGAGGAGGAUCCUGCAAGAUCUCCAUCAACUCACACACCACCGCUGGAGAGGUGGUGGAGAAGUUGAUCCGAGGCCUGGCCAUGGAGGACAGUAGAAACAUGUUUUCCCUGUUUCAACACAACAACACUACGGACCGCGCUGUGGAGAGCAGAGUCAUCGUGGCGGACGUACUCGCCAAGUUUGAGAGGCUGUCAGGCAGUGAGGAAGUAGAGGAGGAGGGACAGUGGAAGCUCUACUUCAAACUCUACUGUUUCCUGGAUGUAGAGAGCAUGCCCAAGGAAGGGGUGGAGUUCGCUUUCAUGUUCGAACAGGCUCAUGAGUCUCUGACCAGCGGUCACCUCCCGGCCCCAGAAGACACCCUGCAGCACCUGGCCGCUCUCAGGCUCCAGUUCCUCCACGGAGACAAGGCCCGGGUCAGCUGGUCUCUGGACACCGUCUACCCUGUAGGGAGGCUCCGCGCACGCAUCCUGCACUUCACCAAGGUGGGCGCGGCCGGCGGGACAGGGCCAGGGGGCCACACCCUGGAGCGGAGGCGGACCAGCUUCCUGGACGGGACCCUGCGCCGCAGCGGGCUGAAGACGGGCUCCAUGAAGAAACAGAAGAUGGAGGAGGAUCAGAUGCUAGAGAUGUGGGUGAAGGAGGAGACCUCAGCCACCAGAACCUCCAUCUUAGAGAAAUGGUCCCGUCUCCAGGGACUGGACCAGCACACAGCCAUGCUCAAAUACAUGAACAUCAUCAAGGAGUGGCCUGGAUAUGGGUCCACACUGUUCGACGUGGAGUGUAAAGAAGGAGGCUUUCCUCAUGACCUGUGGCUGAGUGUGAGUGCAGAGAACGUGUCGGUCUACAAGAGAGGAGAACCCAAACCUCUGGAGAUGUUCCCCUACGAACACAUCAUCUUCUUCGGAUCUCCCCAGGCCACGACUUAUAAAAUCACAGUGGACGACAGAGAGAUGUUCUUUGAGACACCUCUGGUUGGAGAGAUCACCAAGAUCAUGAAAGCCUACAUCAACAUGAUAGUGAAGAAGAGAUGCAGUGUCAGAUCUGUGUCCAGCUACGGAACCAACUGGAUCAGGUGAUUAGGGACAGGACAGGACACAGCCCAGCUUGCUUCCCACUGCCCCAGGCUAACAGGACAGGACACAGCCCAGCUUGCUUCCCACCGCCCCAGGCUAACAGGACAGGACA